UGCGCGCGGACUUUGGCGUGGGUGGGGGACGGCCGGGGGUCUCGCUUCCUCCCUCUGAACUGAAAGUUAUGCGCAAAAACGCCAUUAUGAAGACUGCGUGGCACCAGCGCCAGCCCCGUCCCUGCUUCGGCUGCUUUUGCUCUCCCGCGCCGCCCGCAUCUGAAGCACCGCUCCGGAGGCCUGAGUGGGGAGGAGCCGCCGCCGCGCCCCUCCCAGGAAGCCGCUCCGUCCUGCCUGCCCAGAGCCGCCCUCUGGCGCCGCCACCACCAGGCACGCGGGCCGGGCAAGAUGGCGAUGGCGGGGAGCGCGCGGGGUCUGGGCCGGAGCCGGUUCCGCGGCUGCCUGCUCGGGGCGCUGCUGGGCGACUGCCUGGGCGGAGGCUUCGAGGGCAUGGAGACGGUGGACCCCGCUGCGCUCUUGCGCUUCGUGCGCGCCCUCCAGCCGGCGGGGGCGGCCGCAGCCGAGGAACAGCAGCAGCAGCAGCAGGAGGAGGAGGAGAAGGAGAAAGAGCCGGAGCGCAGCGACAAAAUCCUCUGGUACAGUGAUGACACCGCGAUGACCCACUCUCUGGUGAGGUCGCUGUUGGCCAAGCAGGAUUUUGACGAAGUGGAUAUGGCCAAGCGGUUUGCUGAGGAAUACAAGAGAGACCCUGAACGAGGCUAUGGAGCGGGCGUGACUACUGUGUUCAAGAAACUGCUCAGCCCCAAAUGCAAGGAUGUUUUGGAGCCAGCCAGGCAGCAGUUUAACGGGAAGGGGUCCUAUGGGAACGGCGGCGCCAUGAGAGUGGCGGGCAUUUCGCUGGCUUACUCCAGCGUCCAAGAUGUGAAGAAGUUUGCAAAGCUGAGUGCAGAGCUGACCCACGCCAACUCCUUGGGCUACAACGGGGCCAUCCUGCAGGCCUUGGCCGUUCACUAUGCCCUCCAGGGGGAACUGGACCGAGAGAAGUUCCUGCAGCAGCUGAUCGGCCACAUGGAGGAUGUGGAGGCGGACGACAAGUCUGUGGCUGACGCACGGCUGCUGGGCUAUGAGGAAUUCCCCUUUUCAAAGCGGCUGAAGAAGAUCAAAGAGUUUUUGGAGCAGAGCACCGUCCCCAAGUCGGACGUGGUGUCUGAGCUGGGCAACGGCAUUGCUGCUCUGCACUCGGUCCCCACGGCCAUCUACUCCUUCCUGCGCUGCCUGGAGCCUCAGCCGGACAUCCCCGAGGCCUUCAACAGCCUGCAGCGGACCAUCUUCUACUGCAUCUCGCUGGGUGGGGACACAGACACCAUUGCGACCAUGGCUGGGGCCGUUGCCGGGGCUUACUGUGGGGAAGAGCAGGUGCCUCCCGGCUGGAAGCAGAGCUGCGAAGCCUUCGAGGAGGCGGAGAAGCUGGCCGACAGCUUGUAUGAACUCUACAGCCAGCGGCACUGACCCCUGGAGCGGUCAGAGCAGCCUCCCUGGCGAAAGCCGUCUGAAUGAGGGACUGGUUCUUCGAGGGCAGCAUGCCUAGGGAGUCCUGUGUGGCCAAGAAAGGCUCCUGCUGUCUCCAAGCGCUCAGAAGGACCCCCCGGCCACCUGCAUCGUCUCUUAUUUUCUGCUACUCUCUCUGACUUCCAAGAUUUCUGUUAUUAACUCUUGGCUGCAGGUAACCCUCUUUGUGUUGGGCAUCUCGGCGUCUCAGGCUGCUGGGCCCAAAAUGGGCUUUGUGGGGUUUGGCCGGCAUGUUCUCGGCAGAGUGGUCGGGACCCUCUGGGGCUGGUCUCUGCUGGUAAGGGCAGAAUGAAGAGCCGCAGCUUGGAAGGGUCUCCAAGGUUGGAGACGUUGCACUCCAAGCAACGUUGGGGCGGAAGUUCAUUGUAGGGAAGCUGCAUUCUUUGUGAAAAGCCAAACCUCGUUACUAGUGGGGUUUCCAUUUCUCCCUUACCACCGUGAGUAAUGGAACUGCAAGUAUUGAGGCAUUAUACCUUUGGGAAAAGAAGGAUUAGGUUCCAGAAUGGGGGAAAAGGAUGAAAACACAAAAAUAAUGUCGACUGCCAACUGUAAAGUGCUCUCAUGUGCUCAGGAAUGCCCCCCAAAACUGCAAAAAAAUUGUGGGGGAAAGAGUGGUUUUUAUUUUUUAAUUUUUUUUUAAAAAAAAAGUCACAAAAUGGCUCCUCCUGUCUCUGGGCUCCUGCAGACAAAAUGGCAGCCACAGUCACUUCCAGGCCUCAAGGAACCACGGACACAUAGAUUUUAAUCAUUUAGUAUCCACGGAUACUGGAAAUAGGUGUCAAUUAGACAUCCGUAAAUACAUGGAACUACCAGUCACAGUUCCACCAACAACAAGGUUCUACUGUAAUGAUCUUUCCCCUCUCUAAUUCCUGCAGAGGGUUAGGGGCACCAAAUUAGGAAACUGACCCCAAUCAGCUUAUGUUGACAAAUCCCAGUUCUCCCUCUCUAUCCCAGGCUAUUCUCUCUCCACUCAACCCCACAUUUAUGAUACACUGAUAUGAAGGAGUUAACACCCUUUUGGAAUGGCUUUGGUGCAAUGUCUCCUCAGGAGUCCCCAGCGCCACUGAGUAAAUUCAAACCAGUUACUGGGGGAAUUAAAAUCAGCUGCAGUACAGAUCCUGCCCAGUAAACUUAAAAAACAAAAAAAAGUGUAUGCCAGAUAGCACCCAGCUAACUAGUGGUGGUAGACUAGCUGGCACUGUAUUUUCCUAUUUACGUUAUAUUGUUUCUUUUCUGUGCCUGAAUCUUGCUCACUCCUUGUUCCGGUUACAUGAAUAAAACCUUGGUGUUUCUUGCA